AUGGCUGUUGCAUUCUACAAUCUCAACUCAGAUUCUGGUCUGAAGAAGCUUGAUGAGUACCAAUUAACCCGUAGUUAUAUCACAGGGUACCAAGCCUCGAAGGAUGAUAUCACUGUUUAUUCUUCACUAGCAAAACCACCAUCAUCUGAAUAUGUAAACGCAUCUAGGUGGUCUAAGCACAUUGAUGCGCUUAUGAGAAUCUCUGGUGUAUCUGGAGAAGGCUCUGGUGUUAAAGUAGAGGGCUCUGCUCCUAUCAUCGCGCCAGUGGCAACUCCUCCUGCCGCUGACGCUAAGGCCACAGCUGUAGAGGAUGACGAAGAUGAUGAUGUAGACCUAUUUGGUGAAGAAACUGAAGAGGAAAAAAAGGCUGCUGAAGAGCGUGCUGCAGCUUUGAAGGCUUCUGGAAAGAAGAAAGAAUCUGGCAAGUCCUCAGUUAUUUUGGAUGUAAAGCCAUGGGAUGAUGAGACUGAUAUGAAGAAGCUUGAAGAAGCUGUUCGAACUGUUCAGAUCGAAGGAUUGUUUUGGGGAGCAUCAAAACUUGUCCCAGUUGGAUAUGGUAUGAAGAAGCUGAAAAUACUUACCAUUGUGGAUGACUUGGAAUCUGUCGUUGAUCUCGCUGAGAAUUAUCUGACGGUCGAACCAAUUAUCGAGUAUGUUCAGAGCUGUGAUAUUGUUGCUUACCAUCAGAGCAAUCCCUCUUGUCAAUAG